AUUAGGUGCUUUUUUCAACAUACCUUUUUUUCAUAGGGAUACAACUCGCGGUUCAAAAUUUCAAGAGACUUAUUUUUUUCCAAGGAGUAAAUUCGAAAUUAAGGUAAGGAAUGACAAAUAUGAAAAUAAGGGCUUCUGUUCGUAAAAUUUGUGAAAAAUGUCGACUGAUCCGUAGGCGGGGACGAAUUAUAGUAAUUUGUUCCAACCCAAGACAUAAACAAAGACAAGGAUAAUCUUUCUAAAAUAAAAAAAGGGACUCUCUAAAGGACCCGAUGUACAAAUAAAGGAUCUGUUUUGACAUGAAAUGGAUAUAUCCGUAUAUCUCUGACUCAUAUUUAUGAGAUGAUAAAAUAUGGUAAAACCUAUACCAAGAAUUGGUUCACGUAAGAAUGGACGUAUUGGUUCACGUAAGAAUGGACGUAGAAUACCAAAGGGAGUUAUUCAUGUUCAAGCAAGUUUCAACAAUACCAUUGUGACUGUUACAGAUGUAGGAGGUCGAGUGGUUUCUUGGUCCUCCGCCGGUGCUUGUGGAUUUAAGGGCACAAGAAGAGGAACACCUUUUGCUGCUCAAACCGCAGCAGGAAAAGCUAUUCGUACAGUAGUGGAUCAGGGUAUGCAACGAGCAGAAGUCAUGAUAAAGGGUCCAGGUCUCGGAAGAGAUGCAGCAUUACGAGCCAUUCGUAGAAGUGGUAUACUAUUAAGUUUCGUACGGGACGUAACCCCUAUGCCACAUAAUGGGUGUAGACCUCCUAAAAAAAGACGUGUGUAAAAAUAGGAACUGAAGAUAUUUCAAGAGAAAGAAACGAUUCAAUGAUUUGAUCAAAUAAGAUUACUAUGGUUCGAGAGGAAGUAGCAGUAUCUACUCGUACACUAGAGUGGAAGUGUGUUGAAUCAAGAGCAGACAG